AUGGCCGUGCCGCAACCGCUGCGGCUGGCACUGAGCUUUGCCUUGCUCUGGUGCUUCGCACGGGCCCAAGGGUCGCUGACUUUUAGUGCCCUCGACCUCAACACGGGCAUCUUGCAGCUAAGCUUUGACACGGACGUGCUGGCCAGCUCGACCGAUGUGACCCAGCUGCGUCUGCAUCCCUCAAGCACGAGUCCAGAUGACGAGGCCUUUGUGGGUCAGAACCAGUUGAUUGGCCCUCUGACACAAAUCUCAUCCGGCAACAACCUCUACUGUAUUCUCUCUGCCACAGGCCUCCUACGUCUGAAGCUCCGGCCCACCCUGGCCGUCAACGACAGCUCGACUCUCAUCGAAGUUCGCUCAGGCCUGGUUCAGACUCUGGGCGGCCAGGCCGCGAGUGGCACGGAUGGCCAGCGCCGCCCCUUCGACGAGUUUGAACCCGAUGCUUAUCCGCCCACAGCUUUGGAUGUCACCAUCGCCGAUGGACUCGUGGGUGGUGCGCUGAUGGUCACCCUCACGCUCAACGAGCCCCUCAGCGCACCUCCCGCCUUGCUGCUGGAAGACCCGAGUAACUCCAGUCUUGGCCUGACCUUGGCAAUUACGGGUCAACCAACUCAACGCAUCACCGAGAACGAUCGUGUUGCUUGGCAGGCGGCGCUGGCCGAUCCGACCAUCGUGCGACAAGCCCUGCGUGCGCGUCGCACCGCCAACGGCGAUACCACCCCCUUGACUACCGUGCAGGUGCUUCCAGGAACCCUGACGGACCGCGCUGGCAACACGCGACCCCAGGGUCAAACACUGCCAGCCCGCGCCGCCUCAGUUGACAUUGAUGGGCCACGCCUUUUAACGGCACAAUUGGCCUUUGCCUCAAAGUCUUUGGACCUUCUAUUCUCCGAACCUGUGCAAGCCAGUUCUGUCCAGCUCGAUCGCGCGGUGAUCAAACUGGUCAACAACAGCACCUUUGCCCUGGGCCCUCUCGUUGAAGACAUUGCGGCUGGGGACGCCCUCCUCAUUCUCAGCCUGACCGAUGCAGCCUUUGCCCUCUUGCAAGCGGAUUACACACGAACGCAAACGCCUGCACAGCUUAACCUCACCGCCGGCUUUGUGCGGGACACUGUUGGCCUUGUUUUUGAUCCCAGCGCUGAUCCAGCGCCCGGGGGAGAGAUGCCAACCCCCUUUCGCCUCGCCAACCUGGUACCCGUGGCUGAUAGCUCAGCCCCCAUUCUUGUGCGAGACAGCGGCGUCCUCGAUUUCACUCAAGGUACCCUGAGUCUGACAACGUCUCAGCCGCUUGUGCUGGCUUCUAUCGACCCGUCAGCGCUAUUAGUGCGCCUGGUUAGCACUGACGUUGUGGAUGUACCCGUGGCCAUCAGUGCCGUCAACUAUACCAAUGCCGAGGCCACUGCACUGGCACUGCGGCUUACCAACAGCACGCUGCACGCUCUGCAGCUUGCACGCCUCCGCCUCAACAACCCUGCCUGGCAGCUUGUUAUUAACAGCGUCCUCGGCACGGACGUUUUUGGAACAGCCACGCCUGGCACUGUCCUGGCCUUGAAUGUGGUACCGGACGCGGUCGAGCCCGUGUUCACGGCCAGCCGUCUGCUGCAAAGCGCCUCGGGCCUGGUUCUUGAGCUCACCAGCAGCGAGCCUACGCUCUUUACGGUCACGGAAGCCCCCCUUGCCUUUGUGCUCAACGGGGUCACCAUUCCCGCGACGGGCCGCCUACUUGCCCUAUCUGGCGCCAACGGGAGCAGCACCAGGUUUGAGCUCAACGUCACUGCCAGUGCCGCUGCGCUGCGCAGCCAGGUCUACGCCAAUGCCUCGGCCCUCGUUGCCCUGGUGCUCUCCAUGCAAGAGGGCCUUAGCAUUGAUGCCUUUGGCAACGGCAACGCUCCGGUCGAUAAGCUGCCCGUUGAUGCAUCUGAGGUGGAUCUACAGGGACCCGCCCUGACAAGUGUGCUUCUCGACGUGCCGCUCGAGCGUCUCUCUCUGACCUUUGAUGAGGCCGUUCGGGCUGACCAGCAGACCGCCAACAUUCUAGAGCUAACCCUGACGUUUGGCUCGGAUGGCGUGACGGAGAUGCUCCAGCUUCUUGGCCGCGAUUUGACUUUCGAUCAGGCGACACGCGGUGUCUUUGUGCCCUUGCCUGCAUCGCUUGCGCAGCUUCUCGCUCGCCGUGCCAUGAACGCCUCUGUAGCCCCAGAUCUGACACUGACGGGUGUGGUGGGCAGCGAUGUUUGGGGCAAUCCCACUCCACCCACGUUGGAGAGCAGUCGCGUCCCGCUGCUGCUGGAUAGUACACCACCAACUGUACUCAAUGCCACCUAUGACCCCUCGGCUGGCCUCGUGCGCAUCACGUUUAGUGAGGAUGUUAUGGUCAAUGGCGCCUCCAACGCAUCCCUGGCCAGCACAAUCGCCUUGCAGACGAGUGCAGAUACGACGCGUACCACGGCAACUCGCCGUCGUCGUGCCUCGGACCUGCCCCCCGUGUACUAUCGCUUGCAGAACGCCACCGCAGCAAUUGUGGAUGGCCGCAUUCUCGAGGCCCAGUUGGGUCCGGAUGACCGCGCAUUGUUGGCCAACGUGCCUGCCUUCGGUGGGGCUCAGGGUCAAAGCGCUUUCGUCUCUGUGGCGGGACCAAUCCUUGAUGCCUUUGGCAACGAGUUUGCUGGUCUUCCUCGAAGCAGCGCAGUGGCCGCGUCAAACCCCAAUGCAGCGACACCUAGCGCUACCACACAAGCACCGGGUGCCAGUAGUGCCUCGGAUGACGACUUGAGUACAGCAUGGAUUGUUGCCAUUGCACUUGGCAGUGCUUUAUUUCUGCUGCUUUGUGCACUCGGACUUUGCCUUUGCUGCCGAAACCGCGAUUCUAAAGAGUAUUACGGCCGAAAAUUGGAACGCACCGGCUCUGUGCGCGUUCUACCGCCCAACGGCCGUCCAAACAGCGCCGAUCUGUCUUGGGAUCCUGUGGGUGUUGAGCACAACACCAGCUUUCGUGGCAACAAGGCCGGUGCCCGUGGAUCCAUGGGUGGUCCUCGCAUUGAAGAGAUCCCGUAUGAGGAAGAAGGCCAGCAGCGCACAAAUGUGCUGGCUGGCCGACCCCCCUUGGCCGCCCUGCCCCCACCCGCUAUUCCACCACCGCCUGGACCGCCGCCACUGCUGGGGGCCCAGGCCCCACCGGCGCUACCUCCUUCAUCCAGUGUAAGAACAUCAAGCCCGGGGCCAGCUGUCGCAGGAUCUGGUUCGAAUUUGGCCUUGCCCGCUGCCGUGGCUGCCGCUGCGCUGGCCGGACAGUCCCGGCACUCAUCCCCGAGUCCAAUCCCAACGCGUCAUAGCGGCGGUUCGGCUCUUGUGCCCCCCUCACCGAACGGUUCUGCAGUGUCGGCGCCCGACAACAACACGCAUGCCAGCUGGGAGCCGCGUGCGCUCACCAUUCGGCAUUCCACAUCACCGCCGGCCUCUUCUGGGCCCGUCUCAAGCCGACUUGGCUCAACCAACUUCUCGCUGCAGAGCCGCCCGCCAGCGCUGGGAGCGCCUGACCAGCGCAGGUAUCGUAGUGGGCCAUUGGCAGCUGCGCUCCUCAAGUCACCACCGCCACUCGAAUCGCGAGAUACUGGAAUCAGUCUGUUGGACGUGGACAAGGCUCACGUCUCUCGGAGCAUGCCUGAUGUCUCGAUGGGUUGGGAUCGGGAUGGCACGUCACCAGGGCCCGAAUUUCAUUCACACCCACGCACGGCCAAGGGAACGCACAGUGCAUCCCCCGACCGUGCCACCAUUGAACGCUCUUUGAACAAUGCAUUGCAGGCUCUGCGGCAGCAAUCUACGCCCAAGUGUCUCAAUGACGUGGCCAUCAAUCCCUUGCGUGGAAGCUGCGUAACGGCACUUUAUGAUUAUACGGCUCAAGAACCGGACGAGUUAACGAUUCGCAAGGGUGAAGAGCUGAUCAUCAUGGGUGAUGGUGGCCAGAUUCCGGGGCCCGCGUGGUGCUUGGUCAAGGCCGUGGCCACGGGCGAGGAAGGAUUUGCCCCACGCACCUACGUGGCCCGCUCGGAAUAUGCAACAGAGGAUGACGAGGAUAUGACGGCCACAAAUGUGUUUGAGAGUACAAGAUCGCCUGGCAUUGUAAUCAACGAGGAUGAGGAAGAGCAUUUGGAAUCCUUGCCGCCUUCCCACGCUGCAUCGGCGCGUACAUCUUCGGCCUAUAUGCCAGAUGAGGUGAUCCAGUCACAGCCAUCCAAGCUCAUACGGCAAAACACCUCACUUCAGGAGGACACGCAUAGCCACUUUGACAUGAACCCCAGCUUGUUGCGGAAUGCGCGAAGUGCACUCCAUCACGUGGACGCCAAGUGA